AUGGCCGCAAUGCUUCGUGUUUGGCGAGUUUCGGGUGAAGAGUUAAUUUCUAUACCCGUGGAGGAGUUGACGGAGACGGACGCAGGUGAACUGAAGCGCCGCUUGCAAAGCGUGUGUGGAUGGCCGAAGUCUUUCCAGAGACUCCUUCACGAGGGAGCGCCAUUGGAGGACGAUGCCCAGCUCGAUUGCGCCAUGGAUGUCCAGCUCGUCAUGCUGCCGCUCGAGAGUGGAUCGGGUACCUCGCAGGACCAACUCAACUCCGCACUUGUUGAUGCUGCCCGUGAGGGCGAGCUGGAGAUAAUCACCCAACUGCUGGAAGCUCGUGCUGAUCUUGACGGAUGUGACAGCACCGGUGCGCCACUCCAUGCAGCAUGCCGAAAUGGCCAGAAGGAAAUAGCGACCUUGCUUUUGGACCUCGGUGCAGACAUAGACCGUGAGUCACCUUGGGGUAACACCCCUCUUUGCGAAGCCUGCGAGGGAGACCACGACGAUGUCGUCGAAAUGCUCGGGUUCAGAGGAGCAGAUCCGAAUCUCGGCUGUCCGCUUGUGAUCGCGCAAAACAAUGGCAACGAUGACAUAAUGGAGAUGCUCAUUCAUCAGUUCGGUGCUAGCACUGCAUGCCUCCGACCGAACUUCCGAGAUCACAGUCCAGAUCGUUGGAGCUUCGGUUCUGGCUCCAGCUUCUGA